AUUUAAACACGGCCUAGCGAGAACUCUUCGUAUUAUCUCUGAAACGUCCGCAUCCGUUUGCUCCCUUUCCACCGCCCGCCCCAAGCUGUUGACCGUCGCAGUUAUAAUUAUGGCAGACCUCCGGCCAACGCUCCAUCAUCUGAAUGACUCGCAAUCGCAACGAAUCCUAUGGCUUCUCGAAGAGCUCGAGAUCCCAUACGACCUCAAGCUUCACAAACGUGUCAAGCAAAGAGCUCCUCCUGAACUGAAAGAAACGCAUCCCUUGGGAAAGGCACCACAACUGGAGACAGGCGAUGGGAGAGUGAUCGUGGAAUCAGCAGUGAUUGCGAAAUACUUGAUUGAGACAUACGACAAGACGGGCAAGUUCAAGGGCGAUGGCAACAAGAACGACUGGAUACGCGAUGACGAGUUGUGCAAUCUUGCUGCCGCCAGCAUCGGCCCUCCCAUGAUUGUGGAAGUCAUCAUGACUGCGGCGGUCAAGUUGACGCCCUUUUUCGUCCGCCCAUUGAUAUCCCUGGUCCACAAACAACUCCACCAGGGCUACUCUGGGCCUGAACUUGACGCCUUCUUCAAGUAUCUGGACGACCAACUGGGUGACCAAGACUAUUUUAUGGGCUCCGCGCCUGGGCGGGCGGACUUCAUCCUCUCCUUCCCCGUUGACACGUGUACGGCCGCUGGAUUCGUCGAGCUGAAGAAAUACCCGAGGGUGGAAAAAUGGCACGCUCGGUGCCGUGAGCGACCAGCGUGGAAGAGUAGUCUAGAGAAAGGGAACGGAUAUGAUCUCAGCUUCAAAAACGUAGGGAGCUAGAUGGCGAGUCGAGGACAGAGCAACCAAAUGGCGCCAAAUUGGUACUCGUAUGUAAUUGUGGAAGGCGUUCGACGAGGGUACAAUAGCUCUCCGGAAAGCGAGCGGGAGGACGACAGGGAAGUUCAUCGCCGCUCAACUGUUGUCAGUGUCUAUUCCCCAUAGUGUUAUUGCAUACUAGGGUAGCACAAGAUUCUGUUCGUAAAAUU